AUGGCCAUGACAUCGUCGCGAUACAGGGCUCGCAAGCACAAGGUCUUCCGGUCCGUCUUCCAGACUGACGUUUCAUCACCUACGCCUAGCUCGACUCCCAUCGCCGCCUUUACGGAGCAGGGCGCGGCUUUUGGAGGUCCCUCCGCGUCAUCUCAGCAUGCUCCCCCACCACCGCCUCUCUUCCACCAGAACCUACAUGAUGCCAAUGACCAGGUGAAGUGGGAUCGAGCCUGGCAUGUUGUCACCUCCAAGAUACAGCUGCCUACUUCGGUCGCCGUCGAGGAUUCCUUCGGUACAUUGCCACCAGCAUCGCAAGACGUCGACACCAAUGUUAGCGAUGCCCUGGCCCUGCUUCUCUACCCUCGUCGCUCCUUGCCCCAAGCAAGUCACACAGAGGAUAUCCUGCUUUGGCAUACGCAUCAGGUUCGCCAGCACUUUAUUCACCAUGUCAUGCCCUUGCUGUCUGCGUGUGCCAGCCAGGGUGACCAGGCCCAGGUUUUGCUAUCCAGCAUCUCAACUCUUGAGGCAGCUCAUAGACAGUAUCUCUGGGGUUUGACACUCAUCGUGCAAGGCUUCGAAGAUGAAACAUCUGCAAACGCUGCCUACUUCAAGUUCCGUCGAGACUUGCACGCCAUCAUCGGCAACUCCCUCAACCAAGGCUUGACAGAUGCCCUCACCAGCGUCCUGCGCAGGCUCAUCCGUCUCAAUCUUGGGAUAGGGAAGCGUCAUGAUGUCACUGUGUCGGUAUCAGAUUCACAGAGCAACGAUGACUCGGUAGCUCGGAAAGAACUAUUGAGCUUGUUGGAGUCUCUUCAAACCGUCGGUUUGGUGGGAGAGAAGUUCCAAGUCCUGUUUGCUGAAAUCAUGGACGCCAGCAUGGAAGACUUUAUCAAGACAUCGUAUUCAGGAGUUUGGAAAGCACCAGAUUCAUCAGUAACGCCAUCUUCAAAUGCAUUGCCUGGAUGUCUUGGCCAUCUCUCAGACUGGAUCGAGAACCGCUAUGGCCGCCUUGCUGUCGAAGUCCUUGGCCGCCUUGAGACACAUAUCGCAUGGAACGACGUCGAGUGCUGGAAAGAAAUUGCCGUAGGUCGUCUUGCAACGCUACGAAUACAAGAGCUAUUUGAUAUUGCAUUGAAUUGGCCUGAGAGCAAAGGCGGUCUUGAGGAUCUUCGGCUGGCCGUCACAACACCACAACGUCGUCUUCAAUUGACUGAUGCGUUCUCAAAGGCUCUCCAGAAGCGACUACUCCACCCUGGUCGAUCCACUUCAGACAUUCUUCAAACAUAUAUCUCCAUGAUCAGGACAUUCCAUGCCUUGGAUCAUUCCAAAGUCCUCCUUGAUCGGGUCGUCCACGCAUUACAGUUGUACCUAUGCCAAAGAGACGAUGCUAUCCGAAUUGUUGUCACCGGUUUACUAUCCAGCCCCAGCGACGCUGAUACAGAAGAAGGAAAGGCAAAACUGGCGGAGCUAGCAGUAUUACUUAACUCAGCUUCCCAACAACAACGGCGCCAGGUAGACGACGAAGACCUCGACUGGGACGAUAUGACAUGGGUUCCUGAUCCCGUGGACGCAGGUGUCAACUACAAGAGACCCAGAAAUGAGGAUGUUAUUGGCACUCUGAUCAACGCGCUUGGGUCUCAAGAUAUAUUUAUCAAGGAAUUCCAGCUCAUCAUUUCGGAGCGACUACUGUCUCAUCAAACAAGCUUUUUGCAGGAGGUCAAAGUGCUGAGCCUUCUCAAGAAGCGUUUCGGCGAGAGUGCUUUACAAAAUUGCGAUGUCAUGAUGAAGGAUAUCCAAGAUUCCAAGAAAGUCGACGCGGUUCUGGGCAAGAACAUCCGGCAAGCUUCAAACAACUCUGGAGCCCUCGCAUAUCACUCUAAGAUUCUCUCACGACUAUUUUGGCCCAGUUUGCCAAAAGAACAAUUCACAGUACCGCCGCCCAUUGCGGAAAUGCAGGGAAGAUACGAACAAGGAUUCGAACGUCUCAAGUCCUCUCGGAAACUCACCUGGCUGGAUCAACUUGGUUCGGCAACUGUCAAGCUUGACUUUGAGGACCGCUCGGUUGAGUUAGAAUGCAAGACAUACGAAGCUGCGGUAAUCUACGCGUUCCAGGAUGAAAACAAUGAAGGUCCACCCGGUCCCACCCAGAGAACUUUCAACGGAAUAUGGCAACAACUUAUGAUCGAUGAGGACCUCCUCGAGCUCGCGUUGAAAUUUUGGGUGUCCAAGCGGGUGAUUCGUGACGUUGGUAACCAAACCUACAUGGUCCUGGAGCGGUUAGACGAGGGGGUCGAGGCUGGAGAAACAGGCGGUUCUGACGAUACGGAUCCUGAUGAUGACGGUGGUCGGCCUUCUCCACGCAAACCAAAGAUCGAUCCUAAAGAGCAAGAGCGUCGAACCGUAUACUGGCAGUUUAUCGUUGGCAUGUUGACGAACUCGGCGCCGACUAUGCCCCUCGGGCAGAUGUUGAUGAUGAUGAAGAUGCUGAUUCCGGAUGGCUGCUCGUGGACUAAUGAGGAACUGCAGGAGUUUCUGGCGGAAAAGGUGGCGGAGAAUAAGUUGGAGCUAGCCGGCGGCAAGUAUCGUUUGCCCAAGAAAUAA